GCUCCCGCCCACCUCUGCCUCCUCAGCCCGGCCUGGCUCUCAGUCUCGCUCUGCCAAACCAUCCGCGCCAUGUCUCUCGUGUAUCGCCCAACCGAUCUCCCUCUCAGGGAAAACCGCUGCAAUCUGAAGCUCAAAGAGCAACACAAGGCCCUCUUCCACACACCAUACAGCUGCUGCCUGAGUAGUCUGCUGGAUGAAUUCGACCUGUUUAUGAAGCACCCGCCCGCGAGCCUCGCUGCCGUCCGGGAGACAGAAGCAACCUCCUCGGCCGUAAGCCGCAAGGACAAGGCCAAAUCUGCCGACUGGACCAUCUGGGUCUCCCGCCCGGUCCUGGACAGGUUCCAUCGUCUCAAGAAGCUCUCGGGCGCCACCAGCCAUGCCGAUUUUGUCGACAUGCUCCUGAAUAUGCAUGCAAAGAGCCCGUCCCAGGUCAGCACACCCCCUCAGUCGCCUGCCCAUCACCGCCCCCGAUCGAUUCGGUGCAAGACCGCCCACUCCAAGACUCUGAGCAAGACGGAGCCGACCAUCGAACCACAAACUCCCAGCAUGGAUGGGUCCAAGGAGUUUCGCGAGCUGAUUACCCAGUUGGCUGAAGACAUCGACUCUGGACUGGCUGCUCCCGAUGACAUCCUCCAAGUGACCCCGCCGGAGCCAGUCCCCCUCUACGUAUAUCCUGCGAACAACGUGCCCACAGCUCCACCCACGAUGCAAAACAUCAUUUGCCCCCAUGUCCCUACUUUCGUGGUGGAUCCCCCGACAAUCUCCCCGGAACCCACAAUGAAUGUCUUUGACUGGGACAAGGCGCACAACAAAAUGCUCCUGCAGCAGUUCGACAACAACUUUCUGUAUCCAUUCGACAAUGACCGCUCGUGCCUGUCGCCGCAACAGCCCAUGCAAGUGUUGCCAACCCCAAGCAGAUCUCCCGUCGAUGUUCUUCUGUUUCUCGAGUCGAAUAGCAACGAGUACUACUUGACCUUGCCCAGCCAUCAAGUCCUUAUUAAUACUCCCACUCUUCCUAUGAAUGAAGAGUUCCUCCAGUCCCUCGAAGUUAACAGGCCGAGCAAUGGCUACAUGGACGACAACCAACUCAUCGAGCCAUAUGUCCUUGAUCCGACCGAGCCGACUCCGGCGCUGCACUUCCCCGCUUUUGCUGCCGAGAAUGAUGCGAUCCUGCCCGGUACUCCCUUCCCCUCCCUUCAAGCGCCUGAGGAUAUGGAUUUCUUGGCGAUCGACGAGUACCCCAAGACUCACAGCCAGCUCGACUGCAGCUUCACCGAAAUACUCACCCUCCCCUCAAGUACCGUCCCAAUGCCAAACAAUCCGUUGAGCCACCCUCUCCAGGACCACUUCGAUACCACCGAGUUUCCCGACUCUGCCCUCGUUGCCGACGAUGCGUCGUUCCUUCCAGAUCCCUUUGGUGCCAAUUUCGAGCCUUUGUCACCGAUAAACUAUCAGGAAUUGAGCGAUUUCGAACAGAGCGACGCUGCCUUUUCGUCGCCGCUCUUCCAUUCCCCAUACUCAAAUAGUCCCAUCUAAUUCCCUGACACCGCCUUCUCCCUCUGUAUAUAUACACCCAACUAAUUCUAUCAACACGCUGUGAUUCUACGAUCGCCCAACAACCUAA